CACUAAAUCUUUAUGUGAAUUUGAGUAUUCAAGAGUGGUGGUUUCUUACAUAUUUAACUGAAGGUAAUUACAUGAUUCUAAAUACAGCAGAGUCUAACAUUCAAGUGAAUGUGUAUGGAUUUCGUCUGGCAUGGUAUUAAGGCAAGGGAUUGGAAUUGGUAGAUGAAGUAUUGGCUAAUUCACAUUCCUGAUUCCUCAUCAGAAUAUAGUAAUAAGAGGGGCCAUCUGCUUCUUUUCUUCUAUUGCUUUUUUAUUUUUAUGUAGGAAACAUGAUGCUUUAUUAUUUUUGUAAUGUAGAAACAUGGUGCUCAUCUAGACUGAUUUCUGUACCUUGAUGGGUAAAAUUAUUUAAAUUAUUAUCGAUCCGUUAAUGGAGUUCCCACUCCAAUAUGAAUAUGCAUGCUUUUAAAAGUUAACUAGCAUCUGAUUAAGAAAUGACCAACAGCUUUCAAUCCUUUGUUGCAGUAUAUACUAUUGUCAUUGUGUUUUUGACAACUUAAUGGGAUUGGGGAAGAAAAUGGGUAUGGGAAUCGAAAGCGUUGGCAUUUUAAAUUGCUCCAUGUUCUUCUUAUUCAUCUUAAUCUUGCUUCCAUCUCAUUAUUACUGUUCUCAAAUUUAUAACAUAACUGCUUCGCAACCAUUAGCACAUGGACAAUCCCUGGUCUCCCCUGGCUGUAUUUUCGAAUUGGGUUUUUUCAGUCCCAAUGGUUCUGCUAAUCAGUAUGUGGGAUUAUGGCACAAGAAUAUAUCUCCGCGCAAAGUUGUUUGGCUGGCCAACAGAGAAGAGCCUCUUGCAGAUACCGACACCUUGGCUAGUUUGAGAAUUAGCAGCAAUGGCAAUCUUGAGCUUGUAGAUAGGCAGCAGAAUACUGUGUGGUCUACCAAUGUUACUAUGAUUCAGGUUUCAUCAUCUAAUACUAGUUCAGUUGCUGCAGUUCUUUCAGACGAUGGAAACUUUGUUGUCAAACAUGUUAUUGGAGCUGGUCAAUCAAUAUGGCAGAGCUUUGAUCAUCCUGGUGACACCUUGCUACCGACUCAGCUGCAGGGAUUUGAUACUAAAUCUGGUACGAAGAAUGUCCUGACUUCCUGGAGAAGUAAUAAGGAUGCAUCAAUGGGGAUAUUCUUGGUUGGACUGUCAGCAGAGACACCAUCGCAGCUGUUCAUUUGGAUUAAUGGAUCAAUUCCCUACUGGAGAAGUGGGCCAUGGGAUAAAUCAAAGUUCAUUGGCAUACCAAUUAUGGAUGAUCGGUAUAAUAGUGGAUUUAGUCUAGAUGAUAGUUUGAUACAGGGAACAACUUAUUUCUCAUAUAGUUUUUUCGACACUCUCUAAUAUUUAUACAUCU